AAUCAUGGGGUAUUCUCUGUUCGCCUGCGUUAACGUUAUUUGCUUUGGAGUCGUUUUAUGGGGGCAUGUUAGCGGUUACUCGAACAGUGAUUAUGCUCUGUAUUUCCCAAAGAAAGGAAAGACAGAUUAUGCUAACAUCUGGGGCAUGCCAAAACUGACUAAGUUCACUAUUUGUCUAUGGAUGAAGACGACUGAGAAAACUAAAGGCACACUACUCAGUUACGCUGUACCCGGACAGGUAGAUGAACUGAAUAUAUUGUAUGACGAUAAAGGCUUUUCUCUGGUGAUUGGAGGCAAAUCUAGCAAAAUCAAAGACAUCUUUGCUAAUGAUGGAGACUGGCAUCAAAUUUGCGUAUCUUGGCAAAACAGCGAUGGUGCAUGGCAGUUCUUCAAAGAUGGAGCAUUGCUCAAGCAUGACAAAGGUCUGCAGAAAGGUCACAUCAUUAAGGGGGGAGGUUCGCUCGUGCUGGGUCAACACCAAGAUUCCCUUGGAGCUGGCUUCCAAGAGAAACAGGCCUUCCAAGGAAUCUUGACCAAGGUCGAUGUGUGGUCUUACGUUUCUACGCCCAAGGCAAUCUAUUUGCUGUCAAGGUCUUGCAUGUUAGGCGAAGGCAACGUGUACAUGUGGUCUGAUUUUAUCAAUGGUGUUAAAGGAGCUACCGCGCUGAUCAUUCCGUCUCCCUGCAAAGGCCAGUUUCCUGGUGGUCAUCCCCCCGCGGGCCAUAAACCGGGAGCCCAGAAGCCCGGGAGCCAUAAACCUGGGGGCGAAAAGCCCACUAGUCACCCACCCACGAGCCACAAAACCGAAAGCCAUAAACCCACUGGCCGCAAACCCGAAAACCACAAGCCUGGGAACCAGAAACCCGUCGGUAACAUUCCCGGGGGCAAGAAGCCCGGUGGGCAAAAGCCGGCGGGCCAGAAACCCGGUGGCCAGAAACCGGCGGGCCAGAAACCCGGUGGCCAAACUCCAGCGGGCCAGAAACCCGGUGGCCAAAAUCCCGGGGUCGGGGCUCAACAUGUUGGAGGGCAGAAUCCUGGAUUCCAAUAUGUCGUUGCCCAAAAUUCUGGGGGGCAGAAUCCCGGGGGCCAAAUUCCCGGGGGACAGAAUCCUGUAGCCCAAAAUCCUGGGGGCCAAAUUCAUGGGGGGCAGAAUCCUGGAGUCCAAUAUUCGGGUGGCCAAAAUCUCGUGGGACAAAAUCCCGGAGGCCAGCAUUUAAGAAUAGGAUAAGCACCCUCUGUUCAAUGUUAAUGACCAGAAAAAAGAGAAUGUACCUAUAUGGUCACUUGAAGUGAAGUAGAAUUAAAUUGAAAUAAAUAUAGAAGCCGAGA